GUGCACCAGGCAGCAUGGCGGCGGCCAUGGCACUGAGCUGCGGAGCGCGCUACAGGCCCUGUUCCCGGCAGCUGCUGGGACCAAAUGCCCGCGGGCGGCUCGUGCGGCCGGCGGUCUGGGGAGGGAGCGCGGCGCCAGCCUCCAGCCGGCCCGGCCCCGGGGGAGAGGUGCAGUACUGCGCCGAGCUGCUGCGGAAACGUGACUAUGAAGGGUUUCUGUGUUCUCUGUUGUUGCCUGCAGAAUCCCGCACCUCUGCUUUUGCUCUGAGAGCCUUCAACGUUGAACUGGCCCAGAUUAAAGACUCCAUAACACAGAAGACCAUAGGUUUGAUGCGAAUGCAGUUUUGGAGGAAAGCUGUGGAAGAUAUAUACUGUGAUAACCCACCACAUCAGCCAGUUGCUAUAGAACUGUGGAAGGCUAUCAAGAGACAUAACUUGACUAAAAGGUGGCUUCUGAAGAUUAUUGAUGAAAGAGAGAAAAAUUUGGAUGACAGAGCAUAUCAUAACAUCCAGGAACUUGAAACAUAUGCUGACAACACUCAUAGCGCUCUCUUGUAUCUCACCUUGGAAAUGCUGGGUGUGCGGGAUAUCCAUGCAGACCAUGCAGCCAGUCACAUUGGGAAAGCACAAGGCAUUGUCACCUGUUUAAGAGCAACUCCGUAUCAUAGUAAAAGACGAAAGGUCUUUCUUCCUAUGGACAUUUGUAUGUUGCAUGGAGUUUCGCAAGAAGAUUUCAUAAGAGCCAAUCAAGAGAAAAAUGUGAGAGAUGUAAUUUACAACAUUGCCAGCCAGGCGCACGUUCAUCUAGAACAUGCUAGGUCUUUCAGUAAAAAUGUUCCUGUUAAAGCAUUUCCUGCGUUUCUCUAUACAGUUGCUUUAGAGGAUUAUUUAUAUAAAAUACAGAAAGUAGAUUUCAACAUAUUCCAUCCAAGCUUACAUAAGAAGAAAAGCAUUACAACUGGCUCAUCCUGCAAUUGGUCCACAACCGUCUUCCUACCAUGCUGAGUCAGGGCAAUAGAAGCCAGCCCUAUCUGUCUUUCAUUAAGAGGAGUCUCUCUAGAAAGUUGAAAUGCAGCAGGAAACUGAUACAGUAACUUAGUGCUGAGCGGGAGAAGACAGGAAAAACCCUGCAGUAUAGCCAACAUAUAAGUUGUUAACACUGAACUCGUGGCUUGGAAGCAGAGCAAUGCCUUGCUUCAGUGCUGGAUCUGAGGAGAGUUGACUGCCAUAGCUACAGAAGAAUCAAUUGAAGGGCUAAUCUGUGCUAAUGUUAGUAACCAUGUGAUAUAGUGAAUGGCUAGCAUACUGGUAGAGAAAGCUUGUCAGUGAAUUAGUAAAAAGAGUAUGGAAUAAAUCAGUUAGUGUUCUGUUUGGUCACAUGAGAGUUUAUGGUGACCUUAGAGAAUAAAGCAACAUGCUGAAUCACAAAUGGCAGUAGGCUUUUUUUAAUGAUACAAUUUAUUUUAUCUCCUGUAGACCCUUUAGGAGACCAUUUUCCCCUUUCAUGUGCAUGCAUAACUCUGGAUUUAGGAAUGAUGUGUGUGCAUGGAGUUGAGAAUAUGCCCUAAAAUAAUUUAAGUACCUCUCAACCUCAGUACAGAUCUUAAUUUGCCAGUGCCCCACCAUAUAAUCCUAUCGUUUAUUGCUUGUAAUCAUGGCCAUCAGAAUUGGUGACUGAAAAUAAAUCUUUUUCCUUGUAUAAUGUAAAUUAAUCCCACAUUCGUGGGAUUAGAGUCUUUCUAUUUUUAGUUAUGUUCUGGAUCUCUCACUUAAAUAUUUUCUCAUAUUUGUGCACUUCAUGAGAGAUAUGAACAACCAGCUGAUUUGGUGUCGGUACUUCAGUAGACUAAUUGGGGGACAUUUUCAAAGACACAAAUAGUGAUAACUGCCAUUAGUGCCUUUGAAAAACUCUUCCAUUGCCUGUUGACUAGUAAGCAUAAAAUGACUGAUCUGGUUGCCCAAAUUCUCUUUUGAUUCUGGAAGUGAAUGGUAUAAAAGCAAUAGGUUGCAUGUCUUUGUUUCAAUGGCUGCAAAAAUUAAUUUGCUGGUCAUAUAAUUUAUUCUUAGAGGGCCCAGUCAUAGAAUCAUAGGACUGGAA